AUUUAGAGAGAGAGCGCACUAAAUUAAAUUGAAUGCCUGAAAUGUAGAGAAAGAGAGCGCUAAAUAAAAUUGAAUGCCUGAAUUUAGAGAGAGAGAGGGAGCUAAAUAAAAUUGAAUGCCUGAAUUUAGAGAGAGAGAGCGCUAAAUAAAAUUGAAUGCCCGCGCGAGAAAUCCAUGAACAUAGACUAGAGAGAGAGAGAGAUCGAUCUCUUUAUACGAGAAACUCGUGGAACCCUAGCUCAUGCCCGCCCUGGAGAGGAUCCUAUGUAAAUUACCACGACCCUGCCCCUUUUCUCUCUCUUCACAGUCUCUGUCCUCUUCUCGCUCUUCGCAGGCUCUGCCCUACUUCUCUUCUGCUGUACUUGAUGAGAUUGGGGAUUCUGAUCCCAUUGAACCAAGAGAGUUAGAGAUUCGUAUUCGAGCUCUCUGUAAGAGGAACCAUGGUGGGUUGGAAGAAGCAGUCUCUCUCUUCAAAGGUAUGCUCCAUUCAUGCUCCAAGCCCUCUCUUUCCACUUGCAAUUUCUUGUUUCUGGCUCUCUCUAGAGCUGGCCAGCAAGAAUUGGCUUUGUGUCUUUAUGCAUCCAUGGCUGAACUGGAACUGUCACAUGAUGUUUACAUCCUCCACACCUUAGUUGAUUGUUUUUGCGGCUCGCGUAAAACCCGUUUCGCACUUGGUGUUGUUGGUCUUAUUCAGAAAUUAGGUUAUCCUCUCUCUGUUACCUUAUUGACAAUUGUGAUAGGAGGGUUUUGCAAGGAGGGGGGGGUUGCAGGGGCCAUGGAGCUCCUCCGUGCUAUGGAAAACCAAAAAAUUUGGCCUGAUUUUGUUACUUUUAACACUCUUUUGAAUGGGCUCUGUAAAAUCAAUAAGGUGGAAGAAGCCCUGGAUUUGUACAGAGAUAUGGCGAAGAGAGGGUUGUGUUUAAAUAUUGUAAUGUGUAACACCCUCAUUGAUGCCCUUUGCAAGGGUGGGAGAAUAGUGGAGGCGGCGGGUUUGGUAGAGGAGAUGUACCAUAAUGGCAUGAACCCCGAUGUUGUUACUUAUACCACUCUUAUAAACAGGCUCUGCAAAACCAAUGAUGUGGAAGGGGCUCUGAAAUUAUACCAAAAAAUGGCGAAGAUAGGGUGUAAGCUGAAUGUUGUUACCUAUAAUGUACUCAUUGAUGGCCUCUGUAAGGAUGGGAGAGUAGAGGGGGCAAUGGGUUUGUUAGAGGAUAUGUGCAAAAGUGGCUUGAAACCUAAUGUUAUUACAUAUACUACUCUUAUAAACAGGUUCCGCAAAAUGAACAAUGCAAGUGGAGCGUUGGCAGUAUCGAAAGAAAUGAGGAAAAGAGGGUGUUUCCCAAACAUUGUCACAUAUAACGCACUGAUAGAUGGUCUUAGCAAUGCUGGGAGAAUGGAGGAGGCAGUGGCUUUGUUGGAGGAAAUGCGUCACAUUGGCCUGAAAGUAGAUAAAUUCACACUUAUCCCUCUUAUAAAUGGGCUCUGCCAAGCUAAUGAGGUAGAGGAAGCCUUGAAAUUAUGCAAGAAAAUGAGAAAGAGGGGGUGUCACCUUGAUGUUGCCAUCUACAGCAUACUCAUAAAUUAUCUUGGCAAGGUUGGGAGAAUGGAGGAGACAAUGGCUUUGUUAGAGGAGAUGUACAGCAAUGGCUUGAGCCCAAAUGUUGUUACAUAUAACACUCUGAUAAAUAGGCUAUGCAAAGCCAAUAAAGUGGAAGAUGCUUUGGCAAUACAUAAAGAAAUGGGAAAGAGAGGGUUUCACCCAAAUGUUGUCACAUACAACACAUUGAUAGAUGGUCUUAGCAAAGUUGGGAAAAUAGAAGAGGGAAUAGCUUUUUUCUUUCAGAUGCACCAGAGUGGUCUGUACCCCGAUGUUGUUACAUAUAACACUCUCGUAAAUGGGCUUUGCAAAGCUCAUAAAGUAAAAGAGGCCUUCGCAUUAUGCGAAGAAAUGAGGAGGAGAGGGUGUUAUCUAGAUGUUAUUACGUAUAAUACGCUCAUAGAUGGUCUUAGCAGAGGUGGGAGAGUAGACGAGGCAUUGACUUUGUUAGAGGAGAUGUACCAUAUUGGCAUGGAUCCAAAUGUUGUUACGUAUACCACUCUUAUUAACAUAUUCUGUAAAGCCAAUAAUGUGGAGGGAGCUUUGGCAUUAUCCAAAAGAAUGAGAAAAAGUGGGUGUCAACCAAACAUCAUCUUUUAUAAUGCACUCAUUGAUGGUCUUUGUAAGAAUGGGAGAUUAAAGGAGGCAGUAAAAUUGUUUUAUGACAUAAGCCAAGAUUCUGUCAUGUAUAAGUAUAACAGGUUUAACAAUGCCAAUAAUGGGGAAGAAACCUUGUCAUCACACAAUGAUAUAGGAAGAAGAGGAUGUCCGCCAAACAUUGUAACAUAUAACACACUUAUAGAUGGUCUUUGCAAGAAUGGAAGAAUGACGGAGGCAAUGGAGCUGUUGGACAAAUUGUACCACAAUGGCAUUAACCCAGAUGUUGUUACAUAUACCACUCUUAUAAUCGUUCUCUUAAAGGCUGAUAGUGUGGAAAGAGCCUUGGAAUUAUGUAAAGAAAUGGAAAAAAGAGGGUGUCACCCUGAUAUUGUCAUGAACAAUGCACUCAUAUAUGGCCUUUGCAGGUGUGGGAGAUUGGAAGAAUUGAAGAGUUUGUUAGAGGAGAGAUGCCAAAAAGGCUGAAUUUAAAAUGCCAUAGCAUAUUAUUGAAAAAAGUAAAAUUAUGCUCCCACAUAAUGGCCUUUAUGACUUGGGUUUAGCUGAUAACGCUGUAAAUUUGGUCCUUAGCAUGUUCGAAAAGGGAAUUUUCCCUAUACAGGUACAAUAUUUAAUUCAUGUUCUCUAGAAGAGUGAAUCUUGCCAGAAAGCUACAUAAACGUUAAAUGGUGAGGCGGGCUUCGGUCUAAUGCUAUCACAUAAAUGGUGUAUGGAGCAGUGGUCAUACUGGUGGUUGUACAGGGGCAUUUUUGUCAUUGUCUGCAUGCUACGUAUUAUUGUAAUCUAUUUUUGGUAAAGCCAUAAAUGUAAUUUAAUAUGGGCUGAUCUGUGUAUAUGAAAUCAGUCCACAUGAUUGAAAUUGUAAAUAUAUUUAAUUGCCCUUUUAAGGA